CUGAGGGGGGUAUUUAGGAUUGCUCCAGCCCAUCAGUACAGGCAGUUCUCUCCUCCUGUGUGGAUAUUGUCAGCUAUCUGUCCCAGACCGAGCAAUGGGAGCACCAGUGCUCCUCUUAGCCCUGACCCUAUUCCCAGUCGCAGCCGCAGCAAGCCUGGAACCUCACUAUAUGGUGGUGUUCCCUGCUGUCAUUCACUAUUCCCAAGAGGAGAAGCUCUACAUUCACUUCAGCUCCCUGACUGGGGCCAUCCACCUGGCUGUCACCUUGGAGGUUAAAACCCAGAAUUACACACUGGUGGAACAGGACGUGGAGAAGCCAGGCACUUUUCAGUGCAUCACCUUCCAGGUGCCAGAGUUCAUCCCUGGGGAAAAAGAUGAUUCCACAUCACACACAGAGAAGGUGGUUUCUCUGCAUGUCCUGAUCCACAGCGGGGAAAAUGUGCUUUUUGAGGGUCGCAAGAAGGUUCUGGUAAAGCCCCAGAAAAAUGUAAUUCUGGUAGAGACAGACAAGGGCUUAUACAAACCUGGAGAAACAGUGAAAUUUCGAAUUGUGAACCUCGACGAGGACCUUAAGGUCAUUAAAAACGAGUAUUCCCAGAUAUGGCUGCAGGAUCCUGAAUAUAACCGGAUUGCUGAGUGGCUGAACGUAAAGUCAAGACACGGCAUUGUGGAUCUAUCCUUCCCCCUGGCCUCUGAAGCGCCCCUUGGAGAGUAUACCAUCUCAGUGGAUCAAGAUAUGGCUGAAAAAACCUUCAAUGUUGAUGAAUAUGUGCUGAAAAAAUUUGAAAUAAAUAUUGAGCACCCUCCAUUUAUCACUACAGUGGAUGAGGAAUUUCAGCUGACGGUCUGCGGCAAGUAUACCUUUGGGAAGCCCGUUCAAGGGAAAACAGAUAUUACUUUUGUCACAGCAUACCAGUUCUUGGAAGGCAAUUUAGCAAAUUCUACUCAGAUGAGGAAGCAAAGCAGCUGGACAAACAAGAAUGGCUGCACUAAUUUUACAGUGAAGACGGAGACUCUGGAAUUCAAUGAAACUGACAGCUACAUAGUUGUGAUAGGACAAAUGGUGGAAGAUGGAACAGGAGCAGAGACUAUGGAAACGGUUGGAAUUCCUAUUGCGACGAGAAUGAAGUCUAUAGAGUUUAUCAACCUCCAUUCAUUCUACAAACGUGGACUACCAUACACAGGGAAGAUGUUCUGCCACAGUGACGAGUCUCCGCUGAGAAAUGAAAUGGUCUACCUAACAGUUGACAUCAAUGAUGAGGAGACACACCUGGCAUUCCUCACAGAUGAGAACGGGGAAGUCCACUUCUCUCUGGAUACCACCAGCUGGAACAGCACACUGGUUUCUCUGAAGGGUUCCUACAACCUCGGAAAUCAUGAUGAGCAGAAUUCUUCUGAAAGUCACUCAGGAGUCGAGGAUAGCUUCCACUGGCUUAAAGCUUUCUACUCUGAGAGCAACAGCUUCCUUGAGAUAAAGGCCAGGAACGAUGUGAUGCCCUGUGACCAAGAGCACGAAGUGCAGGUGGAUUAUAUCCUUGACCGAAAUAAACUCAGCUCUGAUGCAGACCACAUUGAUUUCCACUACUUGGUGAUAGCAAAAGGCAAGAUCCUUUUCAGUGGAGAGAAGAAGGUGCGAAUUCUCCAGCAGGAGAAUCUGCAGGGCUCCUUCUCAUUGACUCUGACUAUUGGUAAUGACUUCCUCCCUGACAUCAAGCUUCUACUGUAUGCAGUCUUCUUGGAUGGAGAGGUGGUGGCUGAUGUGGAAGAGUUUGAAGUAGAAAAAUGCUUUAGACACAAGGUGGCACUGGACUUCUCGCGCAAGGAGGAAGUCCCUGGAUCAAAAGUCAGUCUGGACCUCAAGGCAGCUCCAGGGUCCCUGUGCUCUGUCCAAGCUGUUGACAAGAGUGUCCUCCUGAAAAAUAACAAUACCCUAACAGCAAACACACUGUAUGAGGAGGUCUUUGAUGACAGCUUUGCAAUUGGAGGUCGAGGGUUCCCUUAUCACUUGGAAGACUUUGAGGCAUACCCUUGUCUGCCCCAGAAGUCCAGUCUCCACAAAAAGACUCGGAUGGGAGCAUCAUGGUACCAAAGUGAAGCUGAUGUCUUUAAUCUGUUUAAGAAAUUGCGCAUGAAAAUAUUAACCAAUACUAGAAUCAAGAAACCAGUUUCCUGUAUGCGACCAGGCUUUGAGAAAAAGAUGUAUUCUGGAAAAGAAAAUGUUGUUGAAUAUCAUGUUAGCCGUGGUGAUUCUGCACCUCAUUCUGAUAACACGAAGAAGCCAAAACCACGGACACUUUUCCCAGACACCUGGAUUUGGGAUUUGGUCUCCAUUGGGGAUGAGGGGCAAGCAUCUCUCCAAGUUGCUGUACCUGACACCAUCACAGAAUGGAAUGCCAACACCUUCUGUGUUGCUAAUAUUGGCUUUGGGUUAUCUCCUCUGGCUACUCUUAGGGUCUUCCAGCCUUUCUUUGUAGACCUGUCACUGCCGUACUCUGUGAUCCAAGGAGAGACUUUCAGCCUAAAAGCCACUGUCUUCAACUACCUCAAGGACUGCAUCCAGGUGCGCACCACCCUCACAGAGACCCCAGAACUAAAGGUGAAUGCCUGUCCAGGCUGCCAGUUCACCAGCUGCCUCUGCACCAAUGAAGCAAAAACCUUUGAGUGGAAUGUGACAGCCACCACGCUGGGCAAAGUGAAUGUCACGGUGAGCAGCGUGGCAGAAGAUUCACACGAUCUGUGUGCUAACAGGAUUGCUGUGACACCUUUGCAAGGAGAGAGAGACACAGUGAUAAAACCUCUGCUUGUGAAGCCAGGAGGUGUGUCACAAGAAAAGACCCAAAACGCCUUUCUCUGUGCUGCAGAUAACGCUGUCUCCGAAGAUUUCUCCCUGACACUACCUGCAGAAGUGCUGGAGGGAUCUGGCCGAGCCACUUUGUCUGUGAUUGGGGACAUCAUGGGCCCAGCACUUCAAAAUUUAGACCACCUGCUAGACCUGCCCUUUGGCUGUGGUGAACAGAACAUGGUUCAGUUUGCACCAAACAUCUUCAUACUCCAGUACUUGAAUAAGACUAAACAACUGGACCCAGAAAUUGAAGAUAAAGCACUGAUAUUCCUGAGAACAGGUUACCAGCGUCAGCUGCUCUACAAACAUGAUGAUGGCUCCUACAGCGCCUUUGGGAAAGCUGACAACCAGGGCAACACAUGGCUGACAGCUUUCGUAGCCAGGUCCUUCGGACAAGCCAGCUCUCACAUUUACAUCAAUAAGGAUCAUGUAAAAAGUGCUCUGCUCUGGCUGCAGAAGCACCAGCUGCCCAGUGGCUGCUUCCAGAGUGUGGGGAAGCUCUUCAACAAUGACUUGAAGGGUGGUGUGGAUGAUACAAUCUCGUUAACAGCCUAUGUCACUGCUAUGCUGGUGGAGCUCGAUCUGGAGAAGAAUGACACCAUGCUGCAUAAUGCCUUACAGUGCCUCAAGAACAUAACGCUUGCUAAGACAAGCUGCUAUGUCAAGGCCUUGAUGGCUUAUGUCUUCACGUUGGCUAAGGACACGGAGAUGAGAGAGCAGCUCCUGGAUAUGCUGGAGAAGGAAACCGAGCUCCUGACAUCACAUUACAGUAGUGAAGAAUCUUCUUCUUCUGUGAUCGAGACAGUCGCCUACAUCCUCCUGGCUCACAUCUCCAAACCAGACUUGGCAUUCAACGAAGCCUCAGUGAGCAAGCUUGUGCGCUGGCUCAGUGGACAAAGAAAUGCCUUUGGCGGACUUGCUUCUACACAGGACACAGUCGUUAGCCUGCAGGCCUUGGCUCAGUAUGCAGCCCUGAUUCCCCAGGAGAUCAGAGAUGUAAAGGUGACAGUGAAAGGCAAGGUGGCUUCACCACUGGAGUUCCAUGUGCACAGGAACAACAAGUUGGUCCUGCAUCAGGCAUCUCUCCGUGGAGUCCCAGGGACAUACACAGUGCAGGCGACUGGCAGUGGCUGUGUCUAUGUACAGACCACUUUGUACUAUAACACCCCACCAGAAAAAAAAGAAGAUGUCUUUGUCCUGGAUGUGGCGACAGUACCAAGAGAAUGUGAUGGUGUCAGGAAACAGCUUGACAUCCAUGUGUCUGUGAGUUAUGUAGGGGACCGUGAGACCAGUAACAUGGUCCUGGUGGAGGUGGAGAUGCUGUCAGGGUUCAUUCCUGUGAAGAGCUCUGUGAAAGAGCUGGAGAAGAUACCUCUGGUGAAAAAGACAGAGAUAAACCCAGACAAAGUCACGAUCUACUUGGAAGAGCUGGGUGAAACUUCUCUGAAGCUUAACAUCUCAGUGGAACAAGAUGUUGAAGUGCAAAACCUGAAAGCAGCAACAGUGUGCGUCUACGACUACUAUAAGCCAGAUGACCGCACAGCAGGAAAAUAUGUUUUCCCUUGCAGUUCAGAUGUGUUGAAGAAGGAUUCCUACUAGAAUGCCCUGGCUCUGCAACCAAUAAUCUGAGUUUUCUGCUUCCAUAAGGAAAACUUCAUUGCUCUGGCUCUCCUCUUCCCUGCUGUGGUGGAUGCACGCUAUUUCCUUUGAUCUAUGCCCUAAAUUUCUAUGUGAAACUUAGCUUGAUACACAGUAGUUUGGGAUCAAGUGGAAUAAAGUAUGUGGAACCUGGAAAGAAGGCAGUGACUUGACAGUUGGUGAAGUCUGCACAUAUUUUAACACCUGAAAAAGAGAGAAACAUUACUUAGGUCAUGGUUACAUACUUUGCUUUUCGUCACCAUAGUAGCUUAAGUCUUCCUCUCCUCCCUGAGUACCAUCUCUGGGCUACCUUCUCAAUAGAGUUAACACAACAGUUUGCCUGCAACCAAACUCCAAGCAAAAAAAAAAAAUCAUUUUAAAUCCUGGUCUGUUUCACUGCAUGGCCCUGUGAAUCACCUUUCUGUCACAACUGAAGAGCAGGAACAGGCAAGGGGAGGCUAAGGGAGAACUACUUUACCAGUUCUUCCAGACAGAAAAGGACCAUGCCUUAUGAAGGGAGGCCAUGAGACCAAAGUAACAUCCUCUCUCUCUCAGGGUGUCUCCUUCUGCUCCGAGACCUGCUAACACUCCCACAAAGGCUCCAGCCCGCCUCCUGCUCCUGGGACAGUCUCUCCUCUGCCCGAUGGUGUUCCUUGUCAACCCCUACAUGCAGUCGAGGGGCCAUAAUUCCUGGUUCUCUGUCUCCCCUUCACACUGCCCUGCUCCUCCACUGCCCACACUAUAACCCUCGGGCCCAGUCCCCACUGCCCAAGUGGCCUGCCUAAACUGCUGCCAGAGCUGCUUGUCCCAAGCACUUUUGUUCCCAAAAACGUCCCUGCCUUUUCCAAAAUUCCCUGGACAGAAAGCAUUCUGUCCACUCAUGUGUUUCUUCUCUCUAAUGGCUGGCAAACCUGUCUAUCCCUAGUUGACCUAACCCUCCUGCCUGCUGUAUAUGCCUCUUUUCCAUCUUUGCAAGACCCCUGCUUACUCUUCCUCUUGUUUUCUAUUCUGCUUUUGUCUUCUUUUACAUCAUUCGUUCCUUUGUAUUUCUCCAUUUCUCUUUUAGGCAAAGAAAUUUUUCACACAUACUAUGCAUUUCUGCAGUUGGUGUCCUUUUCAUUGUAAUCUCUCCCUCUGAAUUGUAUUGUUCUCCUUUUUUUUUUUUUAAGCUUUGUUUGUGUACCCAGACAUCCCUCAUUGAACUAUAAUUUCAGCACUAACUACACCUUCUUUACUAUUGUCUUUUAUAUCUUGUGACACUACACAAUGUUCAUCUUUUUUCUGUAAACAAUCAGAAAUGUCUCACUCUCUAGGUGUGAUUUGUGGCAUCACUUUCCUUUCCCCCUUUCCUUUUUGGAAAAAUUGCAGGGCCAGUCACAUAGCAAUGUGUGUCCCUUCCUGUUUUCUUUGAAGGUCAUCAUCUCCCUGUCUUGGACUCUGACUUAGAUGAUGACUUCCCAUAAAACUGGGUUCAGUUUUCCCAUUUCAACUACCCACGCCCAGGCCUGGUGGAUGGGUCAUUCAACAGCCUCAGUCACUGUGCUUGUUUAGACUCUGGCAACACCCAGUCCCAUCCUCUUAAGACAUUAACUCAGACGGCUAAUCCUUACCUGUGGCACUACUGAAAAAAAAAGAUAACAAUCUGAGGAAUUUCAGGAUGCAACGCAUGCAACAGGACAGUAGAGUGCAUGCAGAUGGCUCAUCAGGAUAUGCAGUGCCAUUAGCAGGGUGUGGUGGUGUGCUCUCCCCCUUUCCCCACCCCCCGGCUCCUGCUCAAGGCAUAACUGUCAGUGGGAGUUGUGAUGAGUUGCACUUGGACUUUGGGGGACGGCUGGCAACACAGCCAAAACACUGUCUGGAGUGGGGACCGGGAUAUUUUGUUCCCAUGCGAAUAUGACUAUAGGUCAAUUAUCCUUACUCUAUAACUAGUGGACAGCCCAAGAGCCUUUUGAGCUCUCCUGCACGGCAGCGGGCUGCACGCCAGGAUCUGCCCUAGAGUGGGGACACUCGCUUAAGGUUCCACUCCUCGAAGCUGAGAGAUUCCUUGCCACAACAGGUUCUCGGUAAGUGACUAAUAGCAUGCUUCACUUUGAAAUCUUAGCUAAGUGAUAUAAAGGACUGAUUGCGCAUGUGUAAUCCUUUAGACAUAAACUGUUGACCAGGUCUGGGACUAGGAUUGGAUCCAGCCGCACCCAGACUCCUCUCUGAGAAGGAGUUUAGAAAGCAAGGGAGUCCUUUCUGAACCUC